AUGGCCCCGCCCGUUUCGAUCUUCGAGGGAAUCACGUGGAAUCCUCAAUUCAGCCAACAUUAUGCCAGGCUCUUCUUUGUGGAAAACUUUCACCCGCUGCUCAAUACGUUUCUGCCAGGGCCCGGCCUCUGGGCUGACUCCAGGCUACGAACCAUUCCAAGGGGGGGGGAUCACCCUGCGUUAUCAGUCAAGCACGUCUCGACAAAAGAGGAUCCCUAUGCGUUCCUAUCGAUUUUUGACACCGUCUUCCUGAUCGACGAUUCGGGAAGCAUGGAAGGAAGAUCGUGGCGCGAAACCCAGCGGGCCCUCAGUAGUCUGCUGCCUAUCAUUUUCUCACACGACACAGACGGCCCAGAUAUUUACUUCAUGAACCAUAAGUCCAACGACCCCGGAAACCCUGCCGAGCCGUGGAAGGCCGAUACGGGGUACCGCAACGUGACCAGAAGCCAGGGAGCCAGAGAGCCAGGCGAGCAGCUCACCGUCGAGGAGAUAUUCGGGACUGUCCGCCCGUGGAAGGGCACGCCGACCGGCACCCGCCUCGACUUCAUUCUUCGCCGCUACAUGCGCCACUGCGAGCAGAGGUUCCGCGAGACGGAUGGAAAGACCUUCUCAAACCCCUUAACGUCAUUGUUAUCACUGACGAAGCUGGACGCCCUCGACGCGCCCCCUUACCAAGUCGGCAUCCAGUUCUUUCAGGUCGGUCACGAGGACGGUGCCGCCACUGCGCUGCGCCAGUUAGACGAUCUCAUCAGUGCCCAGGUCGUAGGAGGUGUUCGGGACAUUGUGGAUACUGUGUCUUUCAACGUUGGUGCCGAUUGUCACGCCCUGGCUCUCACGGGCGACGGCAUCUUGAAGGCGGUGCUAGGCUCCGUAGUCAAACGAUUGGACCGUCAGACCUUGACACCAAGGGAAACGUAG